AUAUGAUUUUAUUCUCACAAGAUAUAGAAGUAAAGUUGGGUUGAUUCAACCUUUCAUUAAAAAUUUGGGUGUAUCAAAACUUCCCUUAAAAAUCUUAUCAAAAUGAAAAUUUGUGGACCUAAACUAUCGUUAUGUGGACUUUUGAUCAGUAUUUGGGGUGUUAUCCAACUGGUGUUGAUGGGGCUAUUUUAUUAUGUUAAGAGCGUAGCCUUAAUAGAAGAUCUCGGAAUUGAAGAGAAAUUUGAGAAUAUAAACGAUUUUUAUGCUGAGGCAGACAAACGGUACACUCAGAGCGCGUAUAAUUGUUGGAUUGCAGCUUGUUUAUAUAUUUUCACCCUCCUAUUUUCCGCACAUCAAUUUUAUGUAAAUAGUCGUUGUUCAUUGAAUGUUUAAGUAAAAUUUUCCUUCAAAAAAUGUAUAUUAAUAUCUGUC